CGCUCCACCCUCCAGCGUUGACUAGCGUUAGCCUUCCCCGAGCAACGGGCUAAGGAGCGGGGGAUAAAGAAGCGCCGCCGUCGUUCCGCUCCGAGGAAAUGGUUAAUCGUCCCGGAUAUCGGGGUGCAAGGCGGGGAUCGGGGCAGAGAAACGCGUCGGCCCGCUAGCCGGGCCCGGCUCGUCGACAUGAAGUGGGGCUCUCGCCGCUCGUGUGUUUACGUCCUGCGCUGAUGGACGGGCCUGGAUAGGCGGCGUCAUCCUCCAGCCUACUGCCGCGAGCUUAGUUAGACCUCGAGUAAGACAUUUUGACAAGGGAGGGCAAAUUGUCAAAACACCGACCUGUCCAGUGUGUCUGCCUGCCCUCUGCCCAAUGCAUGCUGGGAUAGACUCCAGCCCCUGCAACGCUGAAUUGGAUUAAGCAGUGAUGGAAGUGUCAUCCCCAGAUCCAUCUCCCACCGCUAUGGACCUGUCUAAGGGCUUCUCGGUCAAUUCUUUGACCUGCGGUCACCUGGCAAUGAAGCCAGAGUGGUAUCGCAGAAAUCCACCGAGCACAGAUGCCAAUUCCCCCUACAGCACCAGAUCGAGAACUGCAUCAUCUUCCUACAGUUCAAUGUCCACCGGAAUAUUAGACAGCAGCAUGGAGGACGAUGAUGCUGUCCAUCUGCAUCCCGAGAUGGACGGCGUCGCCCACCUCAGAGACAUGGAACAUGACCCGGAACGUAUAAGGAGCUACAUGAAUUCAUCGCUAGCUCAAGGACUGGGUCUCUACCAUGGUGGAGCCCACAACAACCAAUGGCAUACAGGGUUUUAUGGCUCCAACCCGACACAGGUCCCGAUACCUGAAAGCAGUGGCGGGGAGGAGAGCGACAGCGGCUCUGAUGUGAUCUUCCUCGUUUCCACCGCUAAGGACUCGCUUCCGUGUAGUUCCGUAAGCAGGGAAAGUGUCAGCCCCGUUGUGGAAACCUUGUCACCGGCCGCGUUCUCCCUGGAUGAAGGCCGAAGUUGCUUCAUCCUACCACAGACCCUGAGCUCCCCGAGUCGUGACAGCACAUAUUCGGAUGAGUCCUCCGACAGCUCGGUGGACAUACCCGUGCACCACGCCAGGCCCGUGGUGCUCCUGUCGGACCUAAGUGCCGUCUACGGGAAUCCCGUCGAAUCUCCCAUCGACAUUUCAACCGACGACAGUGACGUCGUCGAGGUCCCGGUGACCGACAAAAGGAACAAGAGCAACGACUUAUCCGACAAGACUUUUCGCAGGAAGAGUCUGGAAGACAAAACGCAGGUUCAGAAGAAGGGUGAAUCGCUGGUCCGGGGCGUCGAGUUGCGACGCAGCGCCCGAGUUCGGAGAUUUACCUCAGAGACGCAUCACCUCCCCAACAGCGUCUCCCAGUACAACUUGAGAAGGCAGAUCAGGAACAGCAGUGUAGGUUUAUACAGCGAAUGUUAUGAUUCGGGAGCUGUGAUGGAGUCCACGGAGAGGUUGUCCAGUUCAGAGGAGGAGUCUCUCUCGCAUCCAGAUCUCGCGCGGAGGGUGAGCGGUAAUUUAGACGCCUCUGAUAUGGAUACUCCCACAGCUGGGAAGCGUCCCUCUACGUCGCCGCCGAGGGAAUCGGCGAGCGUCUGGUCCCGCAGCAAAGCCAAGAGCCUCACGCGAAAGCAGAAAAGGCUCGCUGCGGCGCGCAAGAGCAAAAAGAUGAUAACCAAGCAACAACGCCGCCAGAGAAUGGCCGAGGAGCGGAUUUCGAAGGUCUCGGCGGGCGUUAAAGCGGGGGCGGGGCGUAAGAAUCCCUCCAAGAAGAGGCGGCGUAAAAAGUACACCCGGACCGGGCUGCCCACUUUGUUCCCCCCCGGGGAGCCGGAAAUCCAGCUUAAGUUUACGAAGGUCAAAGGGGGGAAGAAGCGCGACAAGCUGGACGGCUUCCGCCCUUUCGUCCGCAUAGCGCGGAGAGUGUGUACCGUCGUCAACUACGAAGAGGAGGAGGCGAGCGUGAGGCGCGGCGGAGGGCACCACCCAGCUCGCGCCCUGUCCGUGGCCGGAUUCGUCCCCACCACCUCGUGUUUUCGGCUCGGCAGGCUCGGCUCGGAAAGCAAGUGCCCGUCUACGCAGGUUUGUUGCCUUUGCGGUCAAACGGCCAACGCCAUGGGGCUCGGCGACCUUCACGGGCCUUAUCUUCCCGUCGGUCGGUCUCUGGAUUGGCAGAGCAGGCAGCAGAGCCUCGCCGCGCUCUUCGCCCGUGACCGAAAGAGCUCGAAGAAAGAAAGGGGACGGUCGCACGAACUUAACAAUAGCCACGUGCUAAGGACCGAAGACGAGUGGAGCGACGGUGACGGCUCCAUCUCCGCCUCCAUCGGAAGGUCCCCGGCGGUGGACCGCCACAGUCCCCCGGCAGCCCCCGCCUACACAGGCGAGUGGUGGAUCCACGAGGACUGUGGCAUCUGGUCAGCCGGCAUCUUCCUCGUCAAAGGGAAGCUGUACGGGCUGGGAGAGGCGGCUCUGCUCGCGCAGGAAACGUUGUGUUACGCUUGCCAUCAAACAGGUGCAAUAAUGGGCUGUUUCCAGAAGGGAUGCCCCCGAAACUAUCACUAUGGAUGUGCCGGGUGGUCAGGCUGCGUGCUUAAUGAAGAGAACUUCUCAAUGAGAUGUGCAAAACACAAGAAUAAACAGUUCAGAGGCGCAGAUGGACAGUCCCAGAGAUGACAGGACGGGUGUCGGGGGCCAUGUGAGGAUGAACGACGGAAGUCCCCCGAGUGCGACGUGUGACUUCUCCUGAUCCCACCUCCACUGUUUUUAGCGUUUGUUAAGGCCGGCUCGUUUACCAGGGCAGAGGGCGUUGCGGUAAGACGUCGUUCAUCGCGAAACAAAGUGAAAGAAAGUCAAACGUGGAAGCCGCUUAAGAAUUUGGAGUAAGAUGUGUCCUUUUCUUGUUCCCGUGUUGUAGGUAUUUACAGUAACACAGACAGUUGCACAAUUUGGAAUGGUCAAAAUGACCCAGGAUGGAUUUUGCGUGGGUGUGGGUGUGGGUGUGCGUGUUUGUGCGAAGGGGUUUUCAAGCCCCUUUUUCUUCUCGAAAAUCCCAAACUGGCACUGGCCACAUUGUGACCAGAUUUUAUAGUUUCCAAGGGGACUGCAAUGAGUUUUAUUCACGUGUUGUAUAGAGCAGGCCCCCUGCGAAGCAACCUGGAUUUUUAUAAAUACUUGUUUUAUUCUGUAAUAACUGUUCAUUUUACUACCAGUCAUCCUGACGUCUUACGAGUUGCAUGCACAGUUGUUUGUUGGCUGCAAUGCACUUUAUAAACGUAAUUUUAACAUAGCAAGUUACCAUUUGUCUAUCUAGCUAGUAUUCUAUGACAUCAGGGAUCUUUUUCUGCUAAUGUAAAUAAUGUAAAUAAAUUUUAUUUAACUAUGCAUUAUUGUCUGAUUGCUUCUGACGGACCCAUAGAAAGGUGAGGGUUUCGAAAUGCUUCAUGCUGAAUGUGGACAGGCAAAAAUAAAUGACUAAAUAAAUAAGAU